UGCACCACCAAGGCCACCUUCCAUCAUCCAAACUUCACACACCUAGACCACAAGCAUCAAAGGCAAGCAAGCAGUAGUAACCACAAAUCCAAGAUGAAGACCUUCCUCAUCUUUGUCCUCCUUGCCAUGGCGAUGAAGAUCGCCACUGCCGCUAGGGAGUUAAACCCUAGCAACAAAGAGUUACAAUCACCUCAACAAUCAUUUUCCCAUCAACAACAACCAUUUCCACAGCAGCCAUAUCCACAACAACCAUAUCCAUCACAGCAACCAUAUCCAUCGCAACAACCAUUUCCCACACCCCAACAACAAUUUCCCCAGCAAUCACAACAACCAUUUACCCAGCCCCAACAACCGACCCCCUUACAACCACAACAACCAUUCCCCCAGCAACCCCAACAACCACAACAACCUUUUCCACAACCCCAACAACCAUUUCCCUGGCAACCACAACAACCAUUUCCCCAGACCCAACAAUCGUUCCCUCUCCAACCACAACAGCCAUUCCCCCAGCAACCCCAACAACCAUUUCCCCAGCCCCAACUACCAUUCCCCCAGCAAUCAGAACAAA